CCUAUCCUCCCCUUCCUAAAAUCUAUUCACACCCAAGUUCAUACAAAAACCCUAAGGUAGAUAGUUUCUAAAGCAAUAAAACAAAAUAGAAAUUCAACAAGACCCUCCUCCUCCUCUUUCACUCCCUCCUCUAUCUCCAUCUCUUCCUCCUCAACUCUUUUUUUCUUAUAACCUACUGAAAAAAAUGGACAACUCAAAACAAACACACACCACCAUGAGCACUAAAGCUUCAAGUUGUGCUGAUGCUGAGGGUCAUGUUUCUGCAAAUCAAAAUUUUGGACAACAUAGACAACAACAACUGGGGAAACAAGUUAGAAGAAGGCUUACUAACAGACCUUAUCAAGAAAGGCUAAUGAAUAUGGCAGAGGCAAGGAAAGAGAUUACCACUGCCUUGAAAUACCAUAGGGCUACUACGAAACUGACUACUGAGCAUCAACGACAACUGCAACACCAUCAUCAACAACAUCAAUCGUUGUUCUUUCAACUUCCCUUUUAUUCAAGGUUUAGCCCAGAUGGAAGAUUCAAGGCUAGGAGAAGGCCUAUGAUGUAUCCACCAAUCUCAAACAAAAUAUCACAAUACUUAAAUGAUUUUUCAUUCUCCUUGUCCUUCCCACCCCUUCCUUCUCUUCCUCUUCAUUCCCCUCCUCUUCAUCUUCCUCUUCCUCCUCCUUCAUCUCCAAUUCAAAAUUUUUAUCCCCACACCUUAACUUCCCCAUUUUCUCCUCCACCCCUUAAGCCAGAACCUCCCAAUUUCACACUUCCAAGUCAGACAUUGGGAUUUAACCUCAAUCUACAUAGUUUCAACAGUUCAGAACCUACCCUUUUGCUUAAUAACAACACCUUUGAUCCUCCCUUUUAUCUUGAAAAUAACACUUUAGAUCCUACCCUUUUUCUUGAUAAUAACACUUCAAAUACUAGCUUUUUGCUUGAUAACAACAACACUUUAGAUCCUACCCUUUUAUUUGAUAACAAUAUUUUAGAUGAUACCCAUGUGCUUAAUAAUAACAUUUUAGAUGGUACCCCCGUGCUUAAUAACAAUAUUUUAGAUGGUACCCCUGUGUUUAACUACAACAACAAUUUGGAACCUAUCCCUUUGUCUAGCAACAAUGUCUCAUCAUUAUGCUCUUACUCAACUCCAACAUUAACUUCCCCUCCAUUUCUAACUCAACAAGAUGUUCCUUUAAUUGGAAUAUCGCAGUCACAAGGAGAAAUGGUUUCCACAACGAUGAAUAUCAUUGAAUCUAGUACUACAAAUCAAGCUAGUGGAAGCAUGCAUAUAGCCAUGGAUGAAGAGGGCAUGAAAGAGAUCAGAGCAUUGGGACAACAACAUCAGAUGGAAUGGGAUGACACUACGAGUAUGAUCACUUCAGCUCGGUGGUACGAUUACUUACAACAAAUGGAAAAUAAUGCAACUGCAGUCAACAAUGGAGAUGAUACAUGUCAUGGGAUCUUUGAUGAUCAACUUGAAUUUCCUAUAUGAAAAAAUUAAUGCUUGUUAAGACAAGUUUACAACAUUGGGCUCCGUGAAUUUAGUCCAAAUAUCACUUUACUUUGGUAAGUUUUAUAUAACAAGUUUCGUUGUUUAACUCAUACUAUCAAUGACAUUGUCAUUGAAUUAGUUUGUGGACAAUUAUCAUAUGGAGAAAAACUUUGCUAUGUCUCUGAGAUGGAUAGAAAAAAAAAUGCAGUACUAAAAACUAGUAGAAGUACUUGCAAAGUUUUCCUUUUACGUGUGUGAGGUUGCAUUUUUA